AUGAAGUCGAUCAAGCAGCGUUCUUUCAUGUGCUGCCAACCUGGUGUUGUCAACCACGACAAAACCUUCUUGCCUUUGGCUUCCUCUAAGCGGAUCAAUGCCCUCUUCUUUGACGUUUCCUCGCCUGCUUCCUUCUGCAAGUCUGUCUGCACCCUAUGACGCACUGCUGCGUGACAAAACUUUGGAGAGGAGGGCUUGGGCUCCAAAGACUUGGUAGUGUUGACCAAAUUCAUUUCGGCCGGUGGUAAACGGUGGUCGAUGUUGUACGUCAGGGUUUCCAUCUUCACUGGGCUUUCCGCCCUCCUUGCUUCCAAUAGUGGGAGUAGAGCGUAAACUCCUUUGAUGGCAGUGAGUGUGCGUCGAGUAAUCAAACUAAGGAAGAUGCACCAAGCAAACAACGGCUUCGUUUUCUUUUUCUCGCUCUUUCCCCUCUCCCAUGUGCCAUACCCACCCCCUCAGCGAGGCGUUGUAG